UAAAUGGAGACAUAUGAAUAUUCUUCGAUGUUAAAAUACAUUUUGAUUAUAUCAAUAUGCAUAGUUUUAGUAAUGUAUUUGAAGAGAAGAAUGUCCACAACAGGUGAAUCAAUUUAGGUAUGUUUAUGUUUCGGUUACAAAAGGAUAGAAUAUGGAGAAAAAUAGUAUUUGCUUAUUAGGAUAUGUUACAUACAUUCGAUUAGGCUGAGAAAGAACUACUCAAACAUACUUAUCAUAACACAAUCUUUAAUAGCAAAGGUGUAAAUGUUUCAAAUGAUAAACGAAAAGAAAGUAAAAAGAAAAACUCGAAUGUGCAGUUCAAUAUGAACAAAAACGAAACUCUAUAUUAUUGAUAAAAAUA